AUGGCGAAACCGGCGGAACCCAACAGAACAGUAGACGAGGUGAGCGAAAGAGAAUAUGGAGAUGAAGAGGGAGGUGUGAAGAGUGGGAAGAAGAAGAAGAAGAAGAAGAGCAAGAAGAAGCGUUUGGCGGUGCGGGUGGAAGCCGUCACAGAGUCCGCCGACCGUGCCGCUCCUCUCGUGGCCUAUUUCCCUUCUGGUUACGACCCGCAGAAGACAGGGACUGAAGGGGAGGUGCCCGAUGUUAGGGUUUUCAGGAACCCGCGGCGGCCAGGCAGACUCGAGCUUGUCGUCGGGCCCCGAAUGGAUGAUGGUUCCGCUUCCAAUGUGGAGUUCGUAGGCACAAGUUAUACUGGCGAGGCUGCCAAGCCCCAGGUCUGUACCUACGCCCUUGGAGUCCUCGACAAGGAGAAGCAGUCCCUGAGGAUUGUGCCCAUCGCUGCUAACAAGGUAGCCUUCCCCUUCCCUCUUACCCACCUAAUCCUCUUAUUUUUUUCGUGGCGCUAUUUCAUGAAGAUAUCCGCGGGAAGAUACACUGAACUUUAUUUAGUUAGUAGGAAAAAGGAAGUCAUACUUUCUUUCCUCUGAUAGCGAGGUUGAUAGACUUGUAGGAAUAAACCAAAGCAUUUUUUUUUCUAUUUGUUAUCAUUUUUAGAAGACAUGGUUGAAGAUCAUCUCCCACUUCCACUCCUCUUGAUUGUUGCGGGCAAUACAACCAUGAUAAUAUAUAUAUAUAUAUAUAUAGAUAGAUAGAUAGAUAUACUCUCUGUAUGACAAUAAGAUAUCUGGUUAUAGAAGUUUCUACCAAUCGAUCAGUAGCGGUAGAACACAGUGGUAACUUGAUCGGUAAUGCCUUAAAAUUUUUUGCCAUGGCAACAGAUUGCAUCGUCAGAUUUAUAGUUAUCUAACACAAUAUGGGAUGGUUUACUCGUUUAAAAGGGCUAAAUAUCCAAUACUUGUAUUUUUUUUAUCUGGGUUCAUGGAUGUUCUCGAUUCCCAGGCCUGCCAGCUGCGUUUCUGUCGAAGUUCUUGUCCUGUCUAAUGGUUAUUACUGCCAACAGUCGGCUCUUGUUGAUUUGAGAGAACCCUGCAGAUAUUCAGACUUGAUCCCAGAGUCAAAGGAAAGGCAGCCGGCACAGAAGCUGAAGGGGAGCCGCAGAAUGAGAAGCUUCCUGCAGAAUCCUUCUACGAAAAGAGAAACCUCCUCACGAACCUCUAUGGUUCCAAGAUAGAUAAAGGCAGGGUAUGGCGUCAUUAUCCCCUACCAGCAGUCUUGGUUCUUGGCAUUCCUCUCGCGUACACUGUGUGACCAUUACUUGCGUUUCCUAGGACAGCUUCAUCCUUUCCCUGAAACUGAUAUGCGUUCUUGUAUCAGUAGCCAAUGUAAGUUGAAAUCUCUUCUGGAAAGCCUCACUGGGGUGGUAUCAGCAGGAAUUAUGGCUAGUUUAAAACAUUUAUGAGGGAAAUGUUUCGAGUAGAAUGAUCAUAACAUUAGAGUCUGAUUUUUUCCUUUUUUUUUUUUUUUUUUUUUUUGCUUCCCGUAAUUUUCUUUCAUUGGACCUGUUUUUCUUCCUGCACUUGAAGGGAUUUUAGGGAGAGGAAUUGCAUAGCUGUAGAACAAAAAAAAAUAGAAGAAUCCUUACGUUAUUAUAGCUAAGAUUUCUGUGCUAAUUUUUCAGCCACCCACUUUAAUCCCAAAAUAUUUAUAAAAUAGCUCACAGUAAUUGGUUUUAUUAAAAAAAAUCUUUAAAUAAGGUGUAGGGUUCUAAAUAUUUCCAGAAAAAACAUGAAAAAUGCCUCUAAUCUGAGCUUUAGGCAUUUAGGAGGAAUCAGACUAAAAGCAGUAAUCCUCCUGACGCGCUUUGAGAAAGUUAGCUUAUGGGCUCCAUGCAUGACUGCAGGUACACAGACUUAGUGCAUUGAGGAAGCAGAAGGAUGAUCCCAAUGCCAAAGAGUCCCUCGAGAACCAGCUGAAGGAUGUUGAGGUGAACAAGGAGCUGCUUGGGAAUGUGGAAACCAAGGGUAGCCACCGCAUCCCACCGCACGAUCCGACAGCGACCGUGCCAGAGAAAGCAUAUAUCAUCGAUGAGAUUAUCCAAAAGAGGGAAUGGGAUCACCUUCUUGAUAUCUUAUGGCAUUUGGAGUCAGGAGAAACAUCGGCCGAGUCUUGGGAAAAGAAGGGCUAUCCGAGCUUCGUCUGCAAUAGAAUAGAAAAGCUGAGAGAGAUUCAGGUACAUGAAAACCUUCUGGUUCCUGAAGUAACUGCUAUUCAAUUAUUCAUUCUCUCUCUCUCUCUCUCUCUCUCUCUCUCUCUCUCUCUCUCUCUCAAGUACCCAAGACCAUGAGCCCUGUGAAUCUCAUGUGUUGGCUCCAGAGUGAACCUUCUGGUUCCUGAAGUACCCAAGACACUGAGCCCUGUGGAGGAUCAGCAGCUGAUGAGCGUCAGUGCUUCUUCUGGUGUUCUACAGGAUGAGGAUGAGAGGAUGAAGCUCUCGGGGAUAUUAUCCUACAUAACCCACCUGCUCAAGUUUUUGGAAAUAGCAAGCCAGCCCCGGAAAUCCCUGACUGAAGAGCAUGGGGCUGCCACCUACCACCGGAUUCCUCGGAUCACCUACAAUAAGUUUGUCGGGCUGUUCGUGGAUCCUGAGUCGUGCGCCAUGACCUUUGAGGGGAAGGAUCUCCUCAUCAGCUACCUCCUGGUUCUAACCCUCUUCGCUGACAGCUUCAAGACGGAGCCCAUUGACAUCGCCAGGGACCUGAAGAUGAGCUUCGUCUCCUUGAAACCCCACUACAAGCUCCUGGGGUGCACGUUCCAGCAGGAGGGCAGGCUGCAGUUGGCCAUUACCUUGCCCGUUCCCCUCCACUUGCCAGAGGUGAAGAAGAAGCGGAGACGGCCACAGUGA